AGGAAAGUUGUUUACUUAUUGGAGAAAUGCAAAUUAGAACUAGUAAAUUCCCAGUUUUCAGUGUGGUCACAGAAAGAAGACAGCUUGUUUCAAAAUUAGGAAGCAACUGAAAAGCUGCCUGCUUUGCUUCCUGCACAAUGUUCUGGGCAAACAAAACAAAGCUGUUAGCCCUCCUGGUGCUCCCAUUUCUGGCUUUCCUUUUGUUUCAGCCAUUUUACCACCCCAGUCACUCACCUGGUCUAAUAAGAAAGUCAAGCCCUAAGCAUGUAUUGAUCUUGUCUUCCUGGCGCUCGGGCUCCUCCUUUGUGGGCCAGCUCUUCAGCCAGCACCCGGAUGUCUUUUACCUGAUGGAGCCGGCCUGGCACGUGUGGACGAACCUCUCUUCUGAGAGUGCUGGGCAGCUGCAGAUGGCCGUGAGAGACCUGGUUCGCUCAGUCUUCCUCUGUGACAUGAGUGUCUUUGAUGCUUACAUGGCCUGGGGUCCAAGGAAACAAUCCAGCCUCUUCCAAUGGGAGACUAGCAGGGCUCUGUGUUCCCCACCUGCGUGCCAUCUCUUUAAUAGGGAAGCCAUCAUCCCCCCGGCUGACUGCAAGACCCUAUGUGGCAAGCAGCCCUUCAGCACCGUACAAGAAGCCUGUAGAUCCUACAGUCAUGUGGUAGUCAAGGAGGUGCGCUUCUUCAGCCUGAAGCCUCUCUACCCUCUGCUGACUGACCCCUCCCUCAAUCUGCAGAUCAUUCACCUUAUACGAGACCCCAGGGCUAUGUUUCGCUCUCGACAAAACACCGAACAGGAUCUGCUGCGUGACAGCCAUAUUGUCAUGGGGAAGCAAUGGAAAAUGAUAAAGAAAAAGGACCAUCCCUAUCACAUGAUGAAAACCAUCUGCCAAAGCCACAAGGAGAUCUAUGAGGCAGCUCAGUUGUUACCAGACUCCCUCCGGAGACGCUACCUGCUGAUACGCUAUGAAGACUUGAUUCAGGACCCACUGACCCAAACCGCCAAAUUGUAUGAAUUUGCAGGGUUACCCUUCCUGCCUCAUCUCCAAAUCUGGGUGCAUAACGUCACACAGGGCAAGGGCAUGGGAAAGCAUCCCUUUGACACAGGCUCCAGGAAUGCCCGAAACAUUUCUCAGGCCUGGCGCUGGUCCUUACCACAUGACAGGGUAGUCAAAUUACAGAAAAUUUGUAAAGAUACCAUGGACUUCAUGGGCUACCUUCCUGUACUGUCUGAGGAAGACCAGAGAAAUUUAUCAAUGGUUGUUCUUUCUACCCUUGAGCUCCCCUAA